AUGACAUAUAAAAGCUUGGAAACUAUUUGGCAGCAUUGCCCAAUUACUGCUUUAUCCUAUAUUUCAAAAAGUUUGUUGGCUGUAGGCUCCGCGAACGUAUUGAACAUAUACAACAUACACAAAAAAUCAGUGCUGUGUAAAUAUUUGUUGAGGCGUUUCGUCAUAAUGCACAACAUAGAGACAAUACCAGAUUCCAGACGUAACAGUUAUAUCUUGUGCACUUUUGGAAAUAGAUUUGUCACUGUCCUCGGAUUCGAUCUGUCAUCUUCCAAUUUAUCGCUAAUAUUUGAAGAUUAUCAUUGUGAUAAUGUUGUAUACUGUAAAAUUAACUCAAAUGAAUUAUCACUUUACCUACAAACUCUUUCCAGUCAUGGUUUAUUCCAGGUCAUCAAAUUGUCAUGGGAUUUUAAUAAAAAUAGUAAUAACGUUGAUGUCACUUGUGUUCACCUUCAAACGAGUGCUUGUUACACAGGUCAUAUGUUUCAGUACUCAUCUCCAACCUCUUCAUUAUUGUCUUCACCAGUUGAUAAAGCUUUAGUAUUUUGCGGAUCUACUUUUGGAAAUAUUCAUAUCUUUAAAAUCCCAAACGACAAUGUUACACAAUCUUCUGUGGCUCCGAGCUUAAGUCUGUGCGCACAAAAGGGCGUGAUAUUUUCUCUCGAUUUCUGUUGUUUAGCUAGUGAACAGUCAUCGUCUAAAAAGUCAUUCCGUCUGGUCUCAUGUGCUGAAGAUCGUAGCAUCGCUGUUUGGUCGACUUCAGUCGAGUCAAAUGGAGGUGUGAAGGAUUUCGGCUUUUGGGAAUUAGUGUACAAUUUAAAGGCAGGCAGCAUUUUCGACGACAGUGUAAUAUUUGAAUCUAGGAUAUGGUGUGUUCGUGUCGGUGAUUGGGGAAUAGUAGCCACUGGAGAAGAUUGCCGUGUUGUUUAUUAUCAAUGGAACAAAAUAUCACACCCUAAUGUCUUGCGAAAUAUUCAUCGUGGACAAAAUGUUUGGUGUUGUAGUGUUUGGAGCGACAAUACAGAUAACUCGGAGUUUGUCUUAUUGGCAACUGGUGGGAAUGAUGGUGCCAUAUGUAUUCGCGAACUUACAAACUAUCGUAAUGAUUGUGAUGAAUCUGAAUGUAUAAUACUACCAUGCCAUGAAUUUACAACGAAUAACACUAAAGAGUUGAUGAUAGAUUCACAUGAAAUGAAGAUAACAUCUCCGCGUUCCCAGCAGGUCUCUUUCAACUUCAAAGAAAAAGAUUUUGCACGUGUUCUAUUUUUUGGUUCAUGUGGUCGUCUGUUCUACGUAACAAAUUUAGGGCUUAUCUAUACAUAUUUCUAUCUAAAUGACCCAAUCGUUCGACAAGUAUUUCCCAAGAUUCAUCGAAAUUUCGAAGAUGCAAACACUGAAUUUUCGGAAAAACCUAAUCGCUCUAUGGUCUCGUUUUUAGGCGGCUACUUGACGUGUUGUACAAGUCUGGAUCGAUCCCACGUGAUAAUCGGGAAUAUAUUUGGCUAUCUUUUACUGGUUAGGUUACUUGAAGAUUCACCUUUCAUGGAGUGGUUGGAUAUCAUUACUAUAAACGAUAAAAUCAUGAAAAUUAUAUGGAUCAAUUCAUCAUAUGUAAUAAUUGGACUAACAAACGGUGAUUCUUUCAUUAUACCUUUAUUAAAAGUUGAAAAUACUCUUUCAUUUGGUAAAAUAUUCACUAUUAUUCAAGGAUCAAAUAGUUCAAAAAAUAUGAAAUGGUUAAAUACAUCAUCUGAACUCAUUCCUGUUCAUUUUAAUAACACUGAAAUAAGUGAUAAACAAAUUCUUGUGACUGGUACUCGUGAUGGUGGAAUUUAUUCUUACGUUGUAAAUUUUUUAAUUGAAAGCACUAAAAUGUAUUCACCCGUAUGGUUUUUGAAAUCAUGUCAUAAAUCUGGUGGGUGUACAUCGAUGCUUGUGAUUAAAGGACAAUCAGAUUGUCAUCUCUUAUCGUGUGGUCGAACAUACGGUGAUGUUAAAUACUGGUCCAUUCAAUCAAAUGGUUCAUUAAAUCUGUUGGCAACACUCUUAAGAUCUGAUCAUAUAACAUGGAUUGAGAAACUGUAUCGGUCAAUUGAUAACAAAAUUUAUGCUUUAGGGUUUCAAUCUAAGUAUUUCAAAGCUAUCUCACUAAAUCACAAGUGUUUACAAGCAGCUAACCAAUUGGAUUGGUCGUUUACCUGUCCAGUACGUCAGGAUGGUUGUUUCGUUGUCGAUUGUGGUGGUGGUAAUCAUUAUUGGGAUUGGUUUUUGCCCAAUGGUACUACUAUAAAGACAAAUAAACUGCCUAAUUGUGAAAAUGGCAAUUAUAGUUACAAUGCUGGCAUUGUUGUUGAUAAUAGUGAAUCCAUCGAAAUGAAGAGCAGUUCAUUGUGUCCUGUCUUUGCAAGUAUUAAUAAAGGCAAAGUUGUAAUUCGGUCAGACCCGCAUAAUUGUAUAUUAUCAUACAGAGCAAAUAAUUGUAAUUUCGAACCUAUUUAUUUAAAUCUGUCUCUUCAUGGUCAAACAAUUAACACUUGUUUAUUACUCAAUAAAAAUGACAUAUUCGGUGUUCAGAAUUAUCUUAAAGGUGAUUCAAAUGAUCAACACAUUGAAUUAUAUUGUUUCGCUGGAGGAGAAGAUACUUUGAUAUCGAGUUGGAAGAUAUCGUUGCCAAUGAUGAGCACUGAUCCAUGUAUAAAUGAACCGAUUUCCAGUUUCCCACAACAUCAUCGUGGUCAUAUAUCAAGUGUUCGUUGCGUAGAUAUACCUUAUAUCCUUAUUAAUAAUAUAAAUUCAACCCAGGAAACUGUUUCUAAACGUUACAUGCUGAGUGCUGGUGGUCGUGGGCAAAUUUGUUUAUGGCGUUUAGUAUCAUCAAAUGAACCUGCGCUAGUAGCAGGCUUCUUAGGUUCCACGAAAAUUCGACAUAAUGAAUACUGUCGGGUUGGCAAUGUUUCUGACGAUAAUGAUACUGUUCAGCAGGAUAAUGGUAGUGAUCACGAUGAUGAUUUGAAAACUGCUAAAUUUAAAAAUGUUAUUGUAUCAAGUGAUAUGCGUGUAAUGGCUUUAGAUUGUGUUCAAGUUCCUAGACAAGAAGAUCAACUAGACGAUAAUAUACUAGUUAUUGCAGGUUGUUCAGAUGGAUAUGUACGAUUGAUUCAUGUUCAACCAUCGUCUGGAAGUAAUACGGAAUAUCCAAAGUUCUCAGAAAUCGAACGAAUCAAUCCAACGAUAUUACCAACUAACAAAUCAGACAAUCACAUCAGUUGUUGUUUAGAUUUAAAACUUUUGCAAAUCACUUCCUAUCAGAUUUCUUUUGCUAUUUCGAAUUCUCGUGGGGAAUUACAUGGAUGGAUUAUACCAUGGUGUCCUUUGAGAGGUUAUGGUUUUACUGAUAACCACCAAUGUACCAGUAAACCAUAUAUGUAUCACCAAGACAAGGAUAUUGACGGAAUAUUUGGUCUUCGUCUAGACUCUACCUACCAUUGGAUGCUGAACUGCCAACCAAUUCCACCAUUUCAUAUACAAAACCCAUUGGCUUUUAAUUGUUUAACUUCGCCAAUAAUAGAGGUUACUUUAUCUGACAGUAAUACAAUCUCAACGAUUAUUGUAGUUGGUGGGGAUGAUGGUAGUAUUCGUAUUGCACAGAUUCCUUUGGAUAUCUGUCAUUCAUCAAAAUCUAAUGUAACAUAUCCUCAGUGGUCCGCUUCGUGUGUAAAACAUUUCAGUAGUGUUGUGAAAAUUACCACAUGUCCUAAUUUCGAAUUGACCAACGAGUUUUUAUAUUACUUCUUAAGUUUAGCUUCGGAUCAACGAGUGAUUCUAUGGCGUCUAAAUAAAACUUCAUCAUGUGAUUUCCAAUUAAAUGCAACGAAAUAUUUUCUAUUAUGCGGUUUAGGUGAUCCUCAUAGUUUAUCUGUAACCAGUAUAAAUAUUCAAUCUUUAUGUUAUUAUACAAAGGAGUAUAAGAACAAAUGUUUUGUACUUGUUGUUGGUACUGGUGCUCAGUUGAUUCAAGUAUUUUAA